UUUGAUUUCGGAAUGGAAAAUCAGCAGAUUCAGUACUGUCAGUUGAAUUCGGAAUAUAGCCUGAGUUGUUUUUGUUUUCAUUUUCUAUUUUCCACUUUCGUUGCUGUUUUUUAUAGAAAAAAUAAAUCGGAUGCUAAGAAUUGAAGAGAGAAGUAUAAUCAAUCGAUUAUCAAGAUAAUUUUCAAUAUGGAAAACCAGGAGAAUGUGAUGAAGAAAACCCGUGUGGAUUUAUCAUCAUUACCAACAAGACAGUAUCUUGACCAAACUGUGGUACCAAUCCUGAUGACUGGACUCUCCUAUUUAGCUAAGGAACGACCGGCAGAACCAAUAUCAGCAUUAGCCAAUUUCCUCCUCAAAAAUAGGUCCACAUAUGAAUCCAAUUCAGACAACUCACCACCAACCACUGAGGGCAAUGGAGAUGAAAAAUCAUGAAUUGAUCUUGUAUUAAUUUUAUAAAUUAUUGUAUUUAAUGAAAUCUAAAUAAUAAUUAUUUGACUAGAAAUAACAUACUUAUUAUUGACUUGUUUCCUCC